AUGACCUCACAAGACAACAAUGCCUGGUCAAUACUUGCAAUCACAGGAUCCUGGUGUUUUCUGGCGGUCAUUGUGGUGGCCAUGCGAGUCUACACACGACUUGUCAUGGUCAAAUACUUAGGGUGGGACGAUAUCUUUGCCGUCAUAACGAUGAUUCUCGGCGUUGCGAUCUGGGGUUGUUUCGUGGGAGAAUCACACUGGGCUCUUGGACGGCACUGGCAAGAUAUCACUCCGGAAAUGCUGGACAUGUACAGCAGAUGGCAGUUUGCACAUGGGCUGAUUAUGGUGUGGGCGUUGCACGGCAUGAAGGUUGCAUUCGCGAUCUUCCUGUUCAGAAUCAACAGCGGCAAACUCUUCAGAAGGACUCUCUUGACAGUCAUGUGCUUCAUGACUGUAUAUACGACUGUCUCCUUCUUCACCACUCUCUUCAGCUGCUUCCCUGUCUCAGAUGCUUGGAAUGGCAGAAAAGGCAAUUGUAUUUCUCUCGAGACAUUUCGAGGUCUAGCCAUGGCAUAUAGUAUUCUCGGAAUGCUUACAGAUGCUUUCUUGGCUCUGGUUCCAGUUCCAAUCAUUCACGGAAUGCAACUCAAUGUUCGCACCAAGAUCUGCCUGUUUCUCGCUUUUGGCAUGGGACUCGCGGCAGUAAUCUGCGGUGCGAUCAAGACAUACCAUCUAUGGACUUACUUCGAAGAUCGCGAUCGUCUAUAUUACAACAGCUACUUCGUCUGGGGAGCUCUCGAAGUAUAUGUCGGGACCAUUGCAGCAUGCUUGACUAGCUUGAGACCUCUCAUUGCGUCUUUCCUCGACAAGGCCAAGUCU